UUCACGCCACCUUUGCCAGCCCAAUUCACGCUUGAUUAUCUUUUCCUCUUCGAAAAGCUGCUCCACAAUUACCUUCUCUUCUUCCACCUCUUUCCCAUCCUUUCUCCUUCCCCACCCUGCAACAAAGAAAGCUGAGGGGAAGAAGACAUGACCCAGCUGUGCAUCUCUGACACCCAUCUCCUCCUGGGCCUCCUCUUCUAUGACUUGCUAUCCUUGUGCUCCUUCUUAGCCUCCCACCCCCUCCACUUGGCCUACUUCCUCUUCUUCUUCCCUUACCUUGUUCAACUUCUCUCAUUCUUCUCUCCUCUCCUCCUUUCCACCUCCCUCCUCCUCCUUGUCUUCCUCACCAUAUCCCCUCAGCUAGAUGAUCCUCCUCGCGCACAGCCCGGAUCACUCGGAGACACGUGCUCCGUUGUCCUCAACCUUUUCAAGGCUAAGCUUGGAGGCUAUGACUCUGUUGGGCUACUGGAGCAACUGGCCUCGAUGGUUCUCACACCAAUUGACGAUGCAAGGCCAUACUUCCAAGAGCCUGUCAUGCCGGCAUUGGUUGGUAAAGAGGUGUUUGAGCUGGAAUUUGGAACCAUGGGUGACUUCUACAAUCAUUCUAGUGUAAGCUGUGUGGUAGAAGAGAGCCAAAGUAAGCCUGGACUAGAGAAUUCUCAAAAGAGUGAACCUUUGGCUUCCAAUUAUGGAAUUGGAGAUGACACCUUUGAUAGUGAAUUAGGAGAGAGCCAUCUUAUGGAUGCUUUGGAGGAUCCUAAAGAAAAUGACCUUUUGGUACCCCAUUUUGAUGGGGCACAAUUAACUAACAAAGUUGCAGAAGAUUCGUCGACGGCUUUUGUGCUCGGAAACUCAUGCAGGAUACCUGAACCGGCUGCUGACAGUGUAGGAGGAGAACUUACGAGAUCUACUUCAAGAAGAAGAAAUCAGAGUACACAUAGAGGUUCAGAUGGCCUUCAAAGAGAUAAUUCUAUGAGAAAGGAAAAGGAGUGGAAGAGGACAUUAGCUUGCAAGCUUUACGAGGAGCGUAUGACAUAUAAGCUAUGCGAGGAGCGAACGAUCGUUGAAGGAGGUGAAGAGAUGGAUUUGCUUUGGGAGGCUUAUGAGGUUAAUGCUACCAAGGAUGAUAAGUUGAGAAAUGGAAAAGAAGGAAAGAAAGAUGAGCAAGAAGAUGAAGAAGAGGAAGAUGAAGGGACGGUUGGGAAAUUAUGUUGCUUACGAGCAUUGAGACUAUCAGCAGGAAAGAUGAAUUUGGGAGUUGGGAGGCCUAAUUUAGUGAAGAUAUCCAAGGUCUUGAAAAGGAUAUCAAUUUUUCAUCACGUUGGCAGGCAUAGUAGCAGCAAGGGAUGAAGUUGAGCUUCCUAGAGUGCAGAAGCUUACAUGAUCAGGUAUUAGGAAAAUAAUAAGCUUGAUAUAUGAUCGCCAUAUCUUUAGAUGCACCUCCAUUUUUUUUUUUAAUGUUAUUAAGGGACCAUGUCCAUAGCUUAUAGCAUCCUAGAAUUUGUUAUCUAGAUGGAUAUAUUUCCUACUAUUCGCUUCUAAUUCUUCUCUUUUUUCACUUUGAUCUUUGAAAUGGCCUACUGGCUUCUCUCUGAUCAUUUUUUUUGUAAAUACGUUUUUGCAAAGAACAAUUGGCUCAUUUUGAUCC